AUGCGGCUCGCCUCGGCCAACAAGCUGAGCAACAGUGACGCUCGAGUCCCGCUCGUCAUGGAGAACGACCCGGAGCCGACAUAUAACUGGUUUGGCGAUCUCGAUUACAGCUGGUUUGACAAUUCGGGCAGCCUCGCGUCUGUCCCCUUCUUUGAGGUGGUUCCCGACCAGCUGGCUCAGAUGCUCGAAACGUCAUCAGCCCGACGAACGUUAAGACUCACCUUUGGCCCCGACGACUGCAUGACGGCAUCUAGGAGCCGGAACUGCACGGAAGCGUGUUCUAAUCCGUACACGCUCUUUGAGCCAGCGAAUCUCCGGGCCUGCACUGCGCUGGCUGGCGCUGCCCUACUAGUGCAAAACGAGACGUACUCGGUCGACCGGUCAGAUGCACACACGACUGAGGUCAUGAAUGCCUGGAGAGUUCCCGAACUAUCUGCUUAUAACGCCACUGCUAUGCUUCGCCAUGUAGCUGAGUGUAUUUCCGAGUCGUGUGCAGUUGGUUCAAAGCUUGGAGUGUGUCCGAACGACGUGAGAACGCUGUCAAACAUGGACAUCAACGCAGAUAACCUGGGAGACCUUUCCUUUAGGCUUGAGCAUUAUUGCCACGGAGUAAAUGUCGAAAUCAACGCCGACAUUGCCGGGCCUGGAACGAGCCUCGCCCUCUUGCUGUACUUGUUGAUGCGAUCAUCCACCACGUGGGCUGGCCGAGUUGAUACGCUGUUCAGAAAGCUGCGCGGCAAGCACGAUACCAAGUCACCUGGGGGCAAACGAGUAACACUUCUGAGCAAGCUAGGGGCCUCGAGUCUCGGCGCCGCCGCCACCUCGUCGCUCGUAGAGUUUCAGGAGAUGCAGCUUUACUUCAUCGCUUCAGUCCAGAUCGCAACUCUUGUCAGCUAUAACCACUCGACUAGCGAGUCCACGGGCACGAACAACGCUUCCUACGCGGCCAUGUUGCUCAACUCCGGAUUGGCAGCUCUGCUCGCGACCUCCAGCAUAGCCUGUGUCCUGUUGGUACAGUGCUGUCUCCAGCGGGCGCGCAUGCAUUGGUGGUACACCUUUGUCUUGAUGACGUACACCUACGUCUUUGCACUCGUCAUCUUCGCCCGGCGCAGUCGUCUCAUGCCGCCUGCGGAUGCGCUCUGGGAGAAUUUCAAGGCCGACAGAUUGCUGGACAUGUGCGGAAACAAUCCUAGCCCAAUGACAUACUGCAAGCCACCCCAAGACACCAGGUUUCUGGACAAUGCCGCUGCAGGCUACGCUGUCUGCUGUCUUGGUGCGGUGGCAUGGCUUGGCUUGUUCAUCGACCAGCUCGCCUCCAGUAUCCCGAACAAGUUCCCAGCUGCCGCGAAGCGUCUGGCUGUCCUCAAACCAAAGGCCACUAUACGGGGGAGAGACAGACUUUGGACGUCCGUGUCUGCUACAUAUUGGAUUGCUCUUGAGGUGCUCCUUUUGGUGACGGCAGGGUACCAUCUCAGCCAGCUUGUCCUUGUCGUAAUGGACGUUGACAUCGGCGAUGCUAGCCGCUGGGGCUUUGGCCAGCUCAUCGCGAUCUCGCUUUGGGCACCGACAAUUGCCAAGUUCAUCUACUCCAACAUAUUCGGGGUCAAAGAAGGGUUCGAGCCACGAAUAGCCAAGAGCUUCAAAGUCAUGAAGAAGGGCGAAGCAGAGGGUGCUCCUGCCAUAUGUGAUUAA